AUGGCCUUUUUGACCCUCAAGUCCACCUUCAUCGACAUCACCUCGACGGAGUUUGAGGAUGCUGUGGAUCUGCGACCUCGAGCCUACAGUGAGCCGGCGGACAUGUGGCACUUGCAUCAGGAUGUGGAUCCUGACGAAGAGUCCAAUCGUCUGCAGAUGGAGUAUGUUGCUGUUCUAGAAGAUCGCGCGAGCAACCUGGCCUCGGGAACGGAGGUGGAGCUCCUGCCAGGGCAGAGAGCCGAUCCAGACGCAGGCCUUCGUUCUGCGUCUACCGCCUAUGAGUCUUGUUGCUGCGCAGAGGAGACUGACCGGGACACCGAUUCCGUUGAGGAAAUCUGGGAUGCGGACUUCUUCGCGUGA